CACAUAAGAAGGCAAGGCGGUCAAGGCCACAUAGGAUCCCAUUGAGUCGGCAAAAGGGGACCCACAAGUACCAUCGAAACAUAACGGCUCUUUCUCCUAUGAUGAAGGAUCACAGUCUCAGCGCCUCCCCCAUUACUGUCCAGCAACAUUCACUCCUCAACAAAACUAAAACCGACCGUUAAGAAUUCUCCCCCAAUCCCCAAAUCAUAUACAACUAAAAUCUCUUUCUCUCCUCCUUAUUCCAAUCCCCAGUUUCCCUUCGUGAGUUGGAGGAGAGAGAGAGAGACAGAGAAAUAUGUCUGUAGCUUAUGCAGUGAGAAGCCAUUGCAGGAAACUCGUCAAGUUGGGUUCCUUUUUCCGACGGGACUUCAAUUCUUCCAAAUGCAAGACAUGGGCUCGUAUGACAACAUCAAGAAUUAAGUUGCUAAGGAACAAGAGAGAAACGGUGGUGCGGCAGAUGAGACGGGAUGUUGCCUUGCUUCUUCAAUCUGGUCAGGAUGCGACUGCUCGUAUUCGGGUCGAACAUGUAAUCAGGGAGCAGAAUAUGAUGGCUGCAAAUGAGAUUCUGGAGCUCUUCUGCGAAAGACUAGUUACGAGGCUUUCUAUAAUUGCAAAGCAGAGGGACUGCCCUGUGGACAUGAAGGAGGCUAUCUCUAGUUUAAUAUUUGCAGGACCGCGAUGCUCCGACAUUCCAGAACUUUUAGCAAUUCGAGACAUUUUUCAGAAGAAAUAUGGAAAAGAUUUUGUAGCAGCAGCUACCGAUCUGCGUCCUGAUAGUGGUGUCAAUCGAUUGCUGAUCGAAAAGCUCUCUGCGCUAAAUCCUUCUGGGGAAUUGAAGCUCAAGGUAAUGAAGGAAAUAGCAAAGGAAUACCAGGUUGAAUGGGAUACAACUGAGACUGAGACGGAACUUCUCAAGCCUCCAGAGGAACGCAUUGAGGGACCGCGAACAUUUGUCAGUGCUGGAACUUUGCCGUUGAAAUCUGGUGCCAAGCCCUCGUCAGAGGAAGGUCAAACGCCGAAAAUCAGAUUAUCAGGUGGUGGUGGUGGAAAUGUCACGGAUGGUAUGAAUUUUCAGGACGCAGCUUCAGCAGCACAAGCAGCCGCAGAAUCCGCAAAGAACGCUGUUGCUGCUGCCCAGGUUGCUGCCAAACUGGCUCAUCAAACAGCAUCAUAUGAUAUGAACACAAACAAUCCAUCAGUGAAUCGUAUGAAUCCCGAGGAUAUUUUGGGAAACCAUGGAUUGAAUUACAGGUCACAGAGUUCGAGAGCUUCCAAUAAUAACUCGAGCAAUAUAGACAUGACUUUGGAUGACGCGGGUGAUAUGGAUUAUAACAUUAGACGUCAUAGCUACAAUGUUCAUCGUACACACACAGAUAUUAAGUUCGAUGAAUCAGAUUGUGACGAAGAUAAUGAGAUGGAACAACAUGAUUCGAAUGAGAUGUGGCAAAAACAAUCGAAUGUCAAAUUUGGAAAUCCUGCUUCGGUUCAUCCCAAGUUGCCAGAUUAUAAUGCUCUUGCUGCACGUUUUGAAGCUCUCAAGUAUCGUAAAUCAUGAAUAUUUUCGUUAUUGGACGGGAUAAAUCGAUCGCGAUUCUGAGUAAGUUGCUUGGUAUUUUGUUAUAUUGGUUAUAUAUAAAUAUGGCUGGAGUAGUUCUUUCCAAACAAUAUUCACUAAGCAAGCUUUAAUAUAUGGUAUCCGAAUGUGCAUUUUUGCUCGUAGAUUAUAGAAUUUCGGCUUUUGGGUAUAUUUUUUCUAUUUUUGUUAAUGAAAAGAAUGAAUCAUAAUGAAAGUUGGUUUACUCGAGUUUUAUUGUAAAAGAUAUGUUUACUGGUUCAUUUGUGUUUGUAAUAGUCACUUUUUUUAACGUUUUAUACAACUAUAAAAAAUUUAUAAAUUAAGUGCU